AUGAACUUUGGACGACACAAAGGUUGCUCCGUGUUUCAGUCAGUGAGAAAUUCUACGUCUCCCGAUUACGAAUUCCCGGAAAAAUCUUAUAGAUGUGGCUGUCAACAGGAAUUGGACCGCUUCGGUACUAACACGACCAUUGAAGAGCACGAAACGCAUGUACACACAACAAGUUUCGAGUAA